GCACAAAGUUUGUGCCUGCGGUGCGCCUCGGUCGGGCUCGCCGGGCUCGUGGGCCGGCGGGCUGCCGGAGCGGCGAGGCCCGGGGGGAGAGGGCCGGCAGGCGGCGGCGGUGGCGGCGGUGGCGAUGCGCCGCGCCCCGCCGAGCCCGUCCCGCUGCGCUAGGUGAGCCGGCUCCGGGAGCGAGGGCCGCGGCCAUGGGCACCCUGGGCAAGGCGAGAGAGGCUCCGCGGAAACCUUCCCAUGGCUGCAGAGCUGCCCCUAAAGCAAGACUAGAGGCAAAGCCAGCCAAUAGCCCCUUCCCCUCCCAUCCCAGCUUGGCCCAGAUCACCCAGUUCCGAAUGAUGGUGUCUCUGGGACAUUUAGCCAAAGGAGCCAGCCUGGACGAUCUCAUUGACAGCUGCAUUCAAUCUUUUGAUGCAGAUGGAAACCUGUGUCGAAGUAACCAACUGUUGCAAGUCAUGCUGACCAUGCACCGAAUUAUCAUCUCCUCCGCGGAACUGCUCCAAAAAGUUAUCACCCUCUAUAAGGAUGCUUUGGCAAAGAAUUCACCAGGACUUUGCCUGAAGAUCUGCUAUUUUGUAAGGUAUUGGAUAACAGAAUUCUGGGUCAUGUUUAAAAUGGAUGCCAGCUUGACAGACACUAUGGAGGAAUUUCAGGAACUGGUGAAAGCUAAGGGUGAGGAGUUACACUGCCACCUGAUUGACACAACUCAAAUCAAUGCCCGUGACUGGUCCAGGAAACUUACUCAAAGGAUAAAAUCAAACACCAGCAAGAAACGGAAAGUCUCCCUACUCUUUGACCAUCUGGAACCAGAAGAGCUGUCCGAGCACCUCACCUACCUUGAGUUCAAGUCCUUCCGAAGGAUAUCAUUUUCUGAUUAUCAGAAUUACCUUGUAAACAGCUGUGUGAAGGAAAACCCCACCAUGGAGCGAUCUAUUGCUCUGUGCAACGGCAUCUCCCAGUGGGUACAAUUGAUGGUUCUCAGCCGCCCCACCCCACAGCUCCGAGCAGAAGUCUUCAUCAAGUUCAUCCAGGUGGCGCAGAAGCUCCACCAACUACAGAACUUCAAUACACUGAUGGCGGUGAUAGGUGGGCUGUGUCACAGCUCAAUCUCAAGGCUCAAGGAGACAAGUUCGCAUGUCCCACAUGAAAUCAAUAAGGUUCUUGGUGAGAUGACUGAGCUGCUGUCCUCCUCCAGAAACUAUGACAAUUACCGGCGAGCCUAUGGGGAGUGCACCGACUUCAAGAUCCCCAUCCUUGGUGUGCAUCUCAAGGACCUCAUCUCCCUGUACGAAGCCAUGCCUGACUAUCUGGAGGAUGGGAAAGUGAAUGUCCACAAGCUACUGGCCCUGUACAAUCACAUCAAUGAAUUAGUCCAGCUGCAAGAGGUGGCCCCACCCUUGGAGGCCAACAAGGACUUGGUACACUUGCUGACGUUAUCCCUGGAUCUUUACUACACUGAGGAUGAAAUCUAUGAGCUUUCCUAUGCCCGGGAACCAAGGAACCACAGAGCUCCACCACUAACACCUUCAAAGCCACCAGUAGUAGUGGACUGGGCUUCUGGAGUAUCUCCCAAACCUGACCCAAAGACCAUUAGCAAACACGUCCAGAGGAUGGUGGAUUCUGUCUUCAAGAACUAUGAUCAUGACCAGGAUGGAUACAUCUCUCAGGAAGAAUUUGAAAAGAUUGCUGCGAGUUUUCCAUUUUCCUUCUGUGUGAUGGACAAAGACAGGGAAGGCCUCAUCAGCAGGGACGAGAUCACAGCCUACUUCAUGCGAGCCAGUUCAAUCUACUCGAAGCUGGGCCUGGGCUUUCCUCACAACUUCCAAGAGACCACCUACCUGAAGCCCACAUUUUGUGAUAACUGUGCUGGAUUUCUCUGGGGAGUGAUCAAACAAGGAUAUCGAUGUAAAGACUGCGGGAUGAACUGCCACAAACAGUGCAAAGAUCUGGUUGUGUUUGAGUGCAAGAAGCGAGCCAAGAACCCAGUAGCUCCCACAGAGAACACCCCCUCUGUGGGGCCCAUGUCCAACCUUUGCUCACUGGGAGCCAGAGAUCUGCUCCAUGCACCUGAGGAAGGACCUUUUACAUUUCCUAAUGGGGAGGCUGUGGAACACGGCGAGGAGAGUAAGGAUCGGACCAUCAUGCUGAUGGGAGUGUCCUCACAGAAGAUUUCUCUUCGGCUGAAGAGGACUGUUGCCCACAAGGCCACCCAGACCGAAUCACAGCCUUGGAUGGGCAGUGAGGGCUCUUCAGGUCCCUUUGUGCUGUCUUCCCCAAGGAAGACAGCCCAGGAUACUCUUUAUGUGCUUCCCAGUCCCACCUCUCCAUGUCCUAGCCCAGUCUUGGUCAGAAAGCGGGCUUUUGUCAAGUGGGAGAAUAAAGACUCCCUCAUAAAAUCAAAGGAGGAGCUCCGUCACCUCAGACUGCCUACCUACCAAGAGCUGGAACAGGAAAUAAAUAAUCUGAAAGCAGAUAAUGAUGCCCUAAAGAUCCAACUGAAAUAUGCACAGAAGAAAAUAGAAUCCCUCCAGCUUCAAAAAAGCAAUCAUGUCUUAGCUCAAAUGGAGCAGGGUGACUGUUCUUAGCCCAGAAACUCAAGGAGCACAAUCUGUAAAUGAGUAUAUAGUGGAGAUCUCAUUUCCAAAAGUGACUGUAACACACAGAUCUGAGGAAGUUCAGACUGACCAGCUUUAAAACAGUACUUUAAAAGGAAAAGCCUCUGUUUAUUUACCUAAAAGAAUCCUAAUGUGCAGCACUGUUUUCUCCUUCAGUCAGUUGACUCAAAGGGGGAAAACUAAAGAAUGCAAAACUUUUGCUAUUCAUACUGCUGAUGUUUAUCAAAAGUAUGUGAUCUAAAACAUGACUAUCGUUUCCUGACAAGGGGGCAUCUCAGUGGCCUGCCUGGCUGGUUAUUCCUUAAAGCUAAAAUCUCUGGAAAAUGUAUUUGCUUCCUACCCUGUUUUCUGUCAACAGACUUAUUUUGUUCCAGCCAAAGCUUGCUUAUAAUAGAAAACUACCCAUAUCCCAAGAGUAGAUUUCCUCUAUAUCCCAGCAUACUUUGUAAACCCCGCCCCUUCUUCACUACCUCAGAUCUAAUUAGCCUAUAUACCCUCCUUCCUCACUACACUCAUACACAUGAGCAUAUCAACCUAUGAGCGGAUUUCUACCAAUAUAGCCACAACAUUUUAGAGGCCUAUUAAACAAGACAUUAUCCAACUGCAGGUCAACUCAUAGUUGUAGCCUUACAACUUACAGUCGUCAUAAAAUAAGUAGUCAAAUUAGGUACCUGAAAACAUAGCUAUUACCAUCUUAUAUUACUGGUUAAUUAAAAUAAACAUAAUGCAAACAUGUUUGUCCUUAUAUUACACAGUGGAUGGAAUUAGGAAUUGAUGGCUUUAAAAUAAAAAAAAAGUCUGUGAAGAGUCUAACUCUUCAUGCUCCAUCUUCUGAAAGUCCUCUUAUUGAACUGAAUUUGUGCUUAACUGUCUUCACUAUUACUACUGUUUAGAAAUAAGCUAAUUGGAUCAGUGGCUUCAAUAGCUGACUGUGUGUACAUAUGUAUAUAAUAUGUAUAUACAAUAUCAGGCAUGUAUGUGGCUUGGAAUUUUGUUUCCUCCAUAAAAUGUGGAAGUGAAUUAAACAAGUUUUAGUCAUUUAUACAAAGUCACAAAUAUAAAGUUCAGUUUGUCACAAGAUUAGACUGCUCACAAGGUAAAACUAUUGUUUGGCAACAUCACAAUCCUGUGAGUUUUCUAUUAUGAAGGUUAAUAAUAAAUGGGCUCAUUUAGUUGCUUGGGCAACUAUUCACAAAUUCCUUUGUCAGCCUCUUUUUAGUUCUCUUAAAAAAAAAAUCAUACAAUCAUUUUCCUUUUUCAAGGUACUUGGUUUCCAUGCCUGAAAAGUCUGGUACCAGACUGACUGGAAAUUCAUAAACAAGCUAUCCAGUUGCCGAGAAUAUAAUGUUAACAAUUAAAAGUUCCAAACCUAAAGCCAAGAGCACCACGUCUUCAUAGGAAUACAAAGUAUGUAUACAGCAUUGCUUACCUGGAGGAUUCAGAUCAUUUAAGAAUUCUCUUUGAUGAAAGACCAGUUCCCAUUUGCAUUCCUCCUUGCACUGAGUUUUAGUGACAUAGAACUAGGUUGCAGUUAGUGUUUCAUUACAUUAUAAAGAAACAUUUUACACACAUAUUUGCCCUUUUCUAAAUCUAAAUUCAGAAAUACCCAAAGCAGGCCUGCUUAGGCCCACAAACUGGCAUGUAAACUUAGAGUAACACUUUGUUACUUGCUUUUUAUAGGACAAACGUUAGGACAAACUCUUAAAAUUCAUAUUCUUCAUUAUUUUCCUUUGAUACAGACCAAAGAUGGACUACUUCAAUUUUUUAAAACAGUCACAGAACACUUUUUUUUCAUUCUUCCUACUUUCCAUCCAAAAUAAAGAUCCCCACUGAGUUUUUAUAUAAAUAAUCUAUAAUCUGUAGGGAUUCAAAAGGUUACAGCCCCUUUAGUCAAAUUAGCAAUGGCUAAACAGUAUCAAGUACUGCAGAAUUUACCACCGAAAUGGACAAGAGCUUGAAACAGUUUCACCACAGGUCUUUACAGUCCAGCAAGGCCAAGGAGGUAUAGUAUAGUAUACAAGUUAACAGUGUUCGUGUUGAGCAACAUGGGGCUAGUGGGAUCUACAGAAAUAAUGAGAAAAAAAGGUUUUGGUUUCUCAAGCCUAGUACAACUUUUUGCUUCUCACACUGACUUUAGUUUGGCCACGUAUUUAUCUGCCAAAACAAGGACAAAUCUUGUUUUACUAACAGCAGGGUCACUUCUCAUUUUCUUUGCUGACUCACCUUUUACUGACCAGUUGUGAAUUUCUGUCUAAAAAUGUAUAAUAUAGAACUGCAAGAAAAAAACAAAUGUACAUAUUGUAAAGUUUUUUGAUACCUAAUGUAAGUUUUCUUUGUGUAAUAUUUAUACGAUAAAAGACAUUAGGAUCCCUA